AUGGUUCGAGAGAAAGUAAAAGUAUCUACUCGGACACUACAGUGGAAGUGUGUUGAAUCAAGAACAGACAGUAAGCGUCUUUAUUAUGGACGUUUUAUUCUGUCUCCACUUAUGAAAGGUCAAGCCGACACAAUAGGCAUUGCGAUGCGAAGAGCUUUGCUUGGAGAAAUAGAAGGAACAUGUAUUACACGUGCAAAAUCUGAGAAAAUACCACAUGAAUAUUCUACCAUAGUAGGUAUUCAAGAAUCAGUACAUGAAAUUUUAAUGAAUUUGAAAGAGAUUGUAUUAAGAAGUAAUCUGUAUGGAACUCGCGACGCCUUUAUUUGUGUCAAAGGUCCCGGAUAUGUAACUGCUCAAGACAUCGUUUUACCGCCCUCUGUGGAAAUCGUUGAUAAUACACAGCAUAUAGCUAGCCUAACGGAGCCAAUUGAUUUGCGUAUUGGAUUACAAAUCGAGAGAAAUCGAGGAUAUGGUAUAAAAACGCCAAAUAACUUUCAAGACGGAAGUUAUCCUAUCGAUGCUGUAUUCAUGCCUGUUCAAAAUGCGAAUCAUAGUAUUCAUUCUUAUGGGACUGGGAAUGAAAAACAAGAGAUACUUUUUCUAGAAAUCUGGACAAAUGGAAGUUUAACUCCUAAAGAAGCACUUCACGAAGCCUCCCGAAAUUUGAUUAAUUUAUUUAUUCCUUUUCUACAUGCGGAAGAAGAAAAGUUCUAUUUAGAGAACAAUCAACACAAGGUUACUUUACCCUUUUUUCCUUUUCAUGAUAGAUUGGCUAAACUAAGAAAAAAGAAAACAGAAAUAGCAUUUCAAUAUAUUUUUAUUGACCAAUUAGAAUUGCCUCCCAGAAUCUAUAAUUGUCUCAAAAAGUCCAAUAUACAUACAUUAUUGGACCUUUUAAAUAACAGUCAAGAAGACCUUAUGAAAAUUGAACAUUUUCGCACAGAAGAUGUAAAACAGAUAUUAAGCAUUCUAGAAAAGAAAUAG